CAUUAUAACUCAUUUUGAAUUUCGUCCGCUUCUUUUGUGCGUUUCCUAAUUCUUCUGUUGUUACCCUUCGUACGUUUGCUUCUGUCGUUCCUUCCAUAAUUCGUAACUGAUAAUAUCGCCCCGAAUUUAACCCGAGUAGAAAAAACUUUACGAUGAUAAAAAAAGAAUAAACAUAAGACUGUUGCUCUGAUUUAAAUCUUUCAAAUGCACCAGCCAUUAAAACAUCCAUGGGAACGCAAGACACAGGUUGCGAUGUUCCGCCGGUGGAUUUACAGUGCAACACAAAUGUAUGCCAUCAAUGGACCUUAAAAAGCAGCGAUACAAUAAUCCAGAUGGAAAUUUUAGGUUUUACAUUUGACGAUUCAGUGUUUGCAGAAACCCGUGAUCGUGUUUCAUCUAAACCUUCUUCUUACAACGCAAAAUGCUGUGAGCCAGGAUGGUUUUGUGGAGAAGUAUCCACAGAUGAUGAUGAUGAUCUGGAGAAGCAGAAGGUCUUCAAGUUUAGGGGAGACCUGGCAUACAGGCGCCGGGAUUACCAGAAAGCUUUGUCCGAAUACGCAAACUGCUUUGCACUGGUGCCAGACAGCAACAUCGCCAUCAGACGAGAUGUGAGGGAAGCUCUGGCCCGGUGCUACUGUCAGCUGGGCAGGUGGGAGAUGGCCCUGGAGAUCGCCCAACCCCUGAGGAAGGAAGCAACAAAUAUGAGCCACCUCACAGCGGUUCUGAACCUGGAAUGGUUCAUUUACCACAGCGCUGGGGACCUUAGGAAGGAGAUUUCCUCUGUGCAGCAGCUCGUUUCCCUCCUGCCUUACAAUCCCUGGCACUGGAAGAAGUUGGCAAAGGCCUACACGCACCUUUUCCGGUCCCUGUCGGGCUCUGCGCCUGCAAAGACCGGCAGGUGCCAUCACAGAGCCUGGGUGAUGGAAAACGGGGGCCCCUCAGCCGUGCCUUGUCCACUGUGGUGUUUGAGGAAACCCCCUGAGGAGCCCCAGCGUGAGGGGCUGACUCGGAGCCAAGAGGAAUCAGAAAGCCCACAGCCUGACCCGGGCAGAGGGGAGCCUCAAGAAACGGCAGCCAUUAAGCAGAGAAACGAUGACCUGAAAGACAUCUGGCUGAGGUCCUGCAUAUGUUUUGUUAGAACAAGGCUACUGUUCCACAUGGUGAAGUUUCAGCAGUUAUCCUUCGUGUUUCUUAGCAACAAGAGAGCCCUGGAGGAAAUUGAGGAUGCACUCCACAGCCUGGAACUACAGGAUGAGAUACUCCACUUAAUCACAGAGGAGAUGAGUGAAGACCUUGUUCCGGAGAAGAUGAGAGAGGAGAGCCCGGAGGCAGAGAACAUCUCAUCUGUAACCUGCGCUACAGUGAGCCCUAACUCGGACUUUGAGGAGAAGUGGUUUAACAGAUUGAAAAUGAGAAUCAUCACAUCUGAAGCCUGGACUGCUGGAGAUGCUCGUUUUCAGAAACACUGAAAAGGACGAAAGAUAUUGUUUUCAGGAGCCUUUUCUUUUUUUGAUUACAUUUUCUUGCCUCCCUGUUCUCACCAGCUGUAGACCUUUCACUCUGGAAGAGCAACAGCUCUUCUGUUUGAAAUAUGCUGUUGUACAGAGUUAAACUAACAUAAACAACAUAAAUAGAUGUUUCUGUCGCGAGGGCUGUUUACUGCUCUAUAUUGAAAAUAGAUAUCUGUUCAGGGGCGAAACUGUGCGAGGACCUGGGAUUUUUACAUCACCUGUUCAGUUUUAGAGUUCUUCUAACAGAGUAAGCAUCCUUUUUACAUUUAUUUUACUGCUUCUGCAUUGUGCUGUCCCUGUCCUACAGGAGAAACUACACUGCAGGGUUUUUAAUGGAUAUUUUUUUAAUCUAACGAUUGUAUUCUUUGCCACAUUUGAACAUUUACAGUAAAACACAUGAGCAGAAAAUAAAUGCGUUUUAUGACUUGAUUUUGUGUAGCAGUGUUACAAACUCAGUUAUCUGUCUUCUGUUACCAGUUAGAUUCUAGAAACAGUAGAGGUGAAUUAGAAAAAUACUUCUAAAACAGAUGUUCUGUUUUUUAUAGACAAUCAGUAUGGGCUGAGAAAGGAAAGGUUGUGUUUAACUUGCAAGAAUUCUUUGAACAGACAACAACAUGACAUGCUGUUAGCAUGUUUGCAAGCUUUUGUUAAGGUCACUCAUAGACGUUAAAUUCUCAAAUUAAAAACCCAUCACAAUCCAAUGUAUUGUUAAUGGAUAGGAGGCUGAGGGGGAUGUUACUUCUAAUUCGGCAGACAUGAGUAGUGAUGUACCAUAGGGAUCCAUUUUAGUCACGUUGCUCUGUGUGAUCUUUGUUAAUGAUUUAUAUUCUUGUACAAUAA